AUGUCAGAUGCAACAUCAUCGAAAUUUCGCAAUUGUUAUCAACAAGCACGUCAAUGUGUGACAUCUAACCAAUCUAUUCGUCAGUUAUUAAAUGUGCUUUCAAUCUACGGGUGUCCUUUUGAUUUCGAUCGUCAUUUAACAUGUGAAACUACGGAUCGAAAUCUUCGCGGUGGUUUUCAUCAAUCUCUCUGUCAAAUUGUUUUAUAUCCAGAAAAUAUCCAGUCAACGGGUGAACUGUGUACUAUCUUUGAACAUGAACUUAUCCAUGCAUUGGAUUACUGCCGUGCUAAGAUUGAUUUCGCUAACCCAUAUCAUCUCGCCUGUACAGAAAUUCGAGCGGCAUCGUUAACAGAUCAAUGUUCGCUACUGCAACACUUAUCGACAUCGUCACGACCGUUCAUUAUUAAAAAUCAACACGAAUCUUGUGUGAAAAAUCGCGCUCAACAGUCCAUGGAACUGUGUACCGAUCUUCCAAGAAAACAAGUCGAUCAAAUAAUCAAUGAUGUUUUUCUUCGUUGUUAUAAUGAUACGGAACCAUUUGAUAGAAUUCGACGAAGACAAUAA